AUGAUCUAUGGUGAAGAUGGUGUUAAACCGGAUCCUUCGAAGGUGGAAGCACUUGUACAUCUUACUGCCCCGACUAGCAAAGAAGAAUUGAUCAGUUUCUUAUGCAUGAUGCAAUCGAACUCGGCCUUUAUUCCCAAUUUUGCCCAGAGGUCGGCAAAGCUUCGAGAUUUGACGAAAGGGAGAGCAAGAUUUGUUUGGAGUAACGAGCAUCAGAUAUGUUUUCAAAGGCUGAUUGGCGCAUUCCGGAAAGAUGUACUUCUUAGAUACUUUGACAUGAGCAAGCCAACGUAUGUAUUCGUAGAUGCUCACAAGACCGCUCUAGGAGCAAUGCUUGCCCAAGGGAACAGUGUGAGAGAAGCCAAACCAGUCGCAUUUGCGCCCAGAACGACUAGUCAAGCUGAAGCAAAAUAUCCUCAGUUCGAUUUAGAGGCAAUGAGUCUUGAUUUUGGUCUAAUUAAGAAGGUUUCUCAAUUACCUCGUAUGAGCACCACAGAUGAUCUAUGUGGUAACGGAUCACAAACCUCUUUGUUCUAUCUUUAA